UUGCAUUUGUUUCUUUAUCAGCCUAAUGCAUCCAAUUAUACACCAUUUGUUCAGGAAUUAGCGAUACAAAUAAUUUAGUUCCGACACUUAUUUGACUGUUGAAGAUAUGAUCAAUUAGGCGGACUAUCGCAAAACAAAAAGUUACUAAUUGGAACUUUUUGCGUGUUAAAAACAGUAGUGACAUCAAAUAUACACAAUGUUGUUGAUGGAGAAACUGAAUGUAGUUUUAACAUUCGUUUCUUUAGUUUCAGGUCAGUUCUCUCUACCCAAUCCGUUUAAAUCCUUGAAAUUGCCAACUCCCGACUCUUUUCUGCAAAAACUGUUCAACGUAACCUCAGGCCAACUUGUCGAAUUGGUGAAUAACUUUUCCUUCGAGGAAAUCUUAACAGAACAUGUGACGUUCCUUUGGUACCAACCAGAUGGCUCUACAAUCCCUCUGAAUUUGAAUUGUGACGGCUACCAUGUCGAUAAGGAUGCACCAAUCAAGUUCGUUGUACAUGGCUGGCAGUCCUCAGGAGAUCAAGAUUUUGUGAAGGACAUGGCCAAAUCCUACCAUAAAAUAGGAGUUCACCACGUAUAUGGAGUAGAUUGGUCGCCUCAUUCAACAAAACAUUACUUGCAUUCUGCACGAGGCACGAAAAAAAUCGGAGAAAUUGUUGGCCAAUUCGUUAUGAACGCAAUCAGCAACAACACUGACUUCUUGAGAAAUGUUCAUCUGAUUGGACAUUCACUUGGGGCUCAAGUAUCUGGAUUUGCUGGGAAACACAUACAGGAAUUGACCAGUGGGUUGAAGGUCGGGAGGAUAACAGGUUUGGAUGCUGCUAGUCCACUUUUUGAAUUUCCCAUUCCGUUACCGAUACAUUUGAGGAUCAACAGGGAAGAUGCCGCCUACGUAGACGGUAUCCACACUAAUGCUGGGUUUCUAGGGUAUUCAAUACCUUUUGGAAACGCAGAUUACUACGUUAAUUAUGGCGGACCUGUACAGCCUGGUUGUUAUGACAUCAACAUUUUCGAAUCUUUUGUCUGCAGUCACGGAAAAGCGCAUAGUAUUUACACUAAGACAAUCACAAACAGAAAAUACCAAGCAACGUCGUGCAGCAAUCCUUUAUGGGCUGCAGCCAGUCUUUGCAAUGGAAAUAAGAAAGUUGUUAUGGGAGAACAUACCACAAGAGAAGCCGAAGGAUUGUUUUACAUAAAUAUUGACGAAAAAGAUGCGCCAAAGAAGGGAAAACUAGGGAUUUCGGGGCUCAUCAAUAAGAUACCAGGGUUGGGUUAAAGUUUGUACUUUUUUGUGUGAAAUAAAGAACCACCAUGCAACAUG